CCACUAAUGGCACCCCCGAACCGUCGAGCAUCAUGCACCCUCAUUCCUCCGGUGCAAAGGAUAGUAGAGUUGACAAGUCCCCCCCCCGUGUUUCCGGCGCAGAAGGGAAAGGCAGCAACACUACCGCCCUAUUCGGCCAACCGGGCUGGGGAAAUUCUGGGACAUGGCACACCGCAAACGAUACUAGUGGUGGCGGACAGUCCAACGUCACUAAUGGAAGUCUGAGCUCUGCGACCUCAUCUAGUAGGACGUUAUCAUCUUUCGGAAGCUCAGGGUCUUCGGGCUUCGGGCUGGGCAGCGCAGGGGAAGGGACCCCUAGGACUGGACAACCCCUGUUCCCGCAUCCGCCUGGAGACAGCAAGAGCACCGGACCUUCUUCGUUUGGCGGUUUCGGCAGUAGAUCUGGCAGCGGACUUUUCGCGAGGCCUUCCAGCACGUCGGGAACUAGGUCGACGUCGGCUGUGUUUACUCCGUCUCUAAGACAAUGUACCGGGUCGAGUGAAUGGAGAUAUCGGCCUCUCACGGAAAAAGUUGGACAGUCAGACUCCACUCGUUACUACCAGAAUAUCUGUUCAAUGCAGCCCUACUCGAAGUUUUCUUUUGAGGAAAUUCGACUUGUAGACUACCAGACCGGCCAUAGGUUUGCUACAGUAUCAUAGUGGUAGAAUUGAACCGUCUCGGUUGUGUCCGUGCUUAUAA